AUGCAAAUUUUCGUAAAGACACUCACCGGCCCAGUCCAUGCCAUCGUUUGCCAUGAAGACGACACAGUUCAAAGUGUAAAGGAGAAGCUUGAAAAGAAAUACGAAGAAGGAAUGCCUCCAAAUCAACAACGCUUGAUUUAUGCUGGAAAGAAUCUUGACGAUUCAAGGUUGCUCUCUGACUACAAUAUUGUUCACAACACAACACUCCACAUCGUGCUGAGACUUCGUGGUGGUCAAUAA